AUGUCAGAACAAUUAUCAGCAGAUGAAAUUGCUCUUUAUGAUAGACAAAUUAGAUUAUGGGGUACAUCAACCCAAUUGAAAUUACGUUCAACAAAGAUACUAGUUAUUAAUUUAGGUGCCAUUGGAAGUGAAAUUGUUAAAAAUUUAGUAUUAGGAGGGAUUAAUACUAUUGAAAUAUUAGAUAAUUCAACGAUUCAACCUCAAGAUUUUGCUGCACAAUUUUUUUUACCCAAUAAUGAUGCAAAAGUUAAUGAAAAUGGUGAUGGAGGUAGUGGAGAUGAGAGUUCAUAUAUUGGACAAUUAAAAUUACCAUUAGUCAUUGAAAAAAUACGAGAAUUGAAUAAUCGAGUCAAUUUAUCAAUUAACACCGAUAUGACAAUUGAUCAAUUAAAUGGCGAUUAUUUAAAAAAAUUUGAUUUAAUUAUUGCCACGGAAAUUAAUAAUAAACAAGAAAUAUUCCAAUUGAAUAAAUUGACUCGAGAUUUAAAUAUUCCAAUGUAUUUAACAGGGAUGCAUGGAUUAUUUGGUUAUAUUAUUACUGAUUUGAUUGAACAUGAAUCAAUUGUUACUAAACCAAAAGGUAAUGUUUCUCGGCAAUCAGGGGUUCAAUUAUCACCCAAUAAAACUAUUAUUAAUGUUACCACUCAUAGUAGUAGUAGUAGUAGCACCACCACCACCACAACCACAACCACAACCAAUGACAAUGAGGGUAGUGGUUCUGGGAAAAAUGAAUUAAUAACAAUAAAAGAUCAAUUUGUACCUAUAGAAUCGAUAUUUGUUUCAAAAAAAUUACCAACUCAAUUGACUAAAAAACAAUUGACCAAAAAACUAUCACCAGUUUUACCAUUAAUAUUUACAUUAUUUGAGAUUGAACGUCCCACAAUUGAUAAAAAUACCGAGCCAGACUUGCCAUCGAUUGAUAUUGAAUUAUUGAAACAAAAAUCUCUUGAAAUUUGUCAUAAAUUUGAAAUCCCUCAAGAGAUUAUCACUGAACAAUAUUAUGAAAUGUUUAGUCGAUGUGCUUUUACUGAAUUUGCCCCAAUUUCAGCUAUAGUGGGAGGAACAGUAGCACAAGAUGUGAUACAAUAUUUGAGUGGGAAAGAAAGUCCUAUUAAUAAUGUAUUGAUAUUAGAUUCAAUAACCCUGGAAAUGCCAAUUUAUCUGCUCUAG